UCUGCAAUGGACAUGUAUUUCUUUCUACAGUUUACUAACCGUACAGUAGGUGGCGGUAGACACGUUAUAUUUGUGUAAAUGUCAGUAUACCAGAGAAGAAGAUGACGCUGUUGUACUGUCGUAGUGGGGAACAGGAAGUUCCGGGUGGAAAACGACAGAACUGUGUUGUUAUGUCGAUAGUGGUUGUGUCCGUUUCAACUGUAUUAUUGUAGGCCGACUCAGAGGCCGGUAACCGAGUCUUAGGCCGGUAACAUCAACAUUGAGGACAAACCCAGCCUGCUGCUCUUCUUCCACACUGAGUAGAAACCUACAGUCACUGGGUCCUGAUUGUGACAGUGGAGCCCAGUUUGCACCGCAGGAUCCAGAGAUGACAUCAGUGAAGCUGGAGGACUGCAGUCAAACACUGGAGCUGAAUGUCAACAUUAAAGAUGAAGAAGAAGAGGAGGAGAAGAUUAGGACAACUGUUAGUCAUGGAUACCAUGUUGAGACAUUCUCUACAUCCAGAGAGCAACAGCAGGAAGAUCAGAGAGCUAAGAGGUCUCAUCACUGCCCACAUUGUGAAGAGAUUUUCCCAUUUCUUUCAAAGCUAAAAAUACACCUAAAAAUACAUACAGGAGAGAAGCCUUUCUUCUGCCCUGACUGUGGAACUAGUUUCUCUCAACUUUCCCACUUAAAAUCACAUGAACUUAUACAUACAGGGGAGAAGCCAUACUCCUGCUCUGACUGUGGAAAAUGUUUUAAAACAUUAUAUGACCUAAAAGUUCAUCAGAGAACACACACAGGAGAGAAGCCUUAUGUCUGCUCUGACUGUGGAAAAUGCUUCACAACAUCAACUCAUCUAAAAGUUCAUCAGAGAACACACACAGGAGAGAAGCCUUUUUACUGCUCUGACUGUGGAAAAUGUUUUAAAACAUCAAAUGAGCUAAAAGUUCAUCAGACAACACACACAGGAGAGAAGCCUUUCUUCUGCCCUGACUGUGGAACUAGUUUCUCUCAACUUUCCCACUUAAAAUCACAUGAACGUAUACAUACAGGGGAGAAGCCAUACUCCUGCUCUGACUGUGGAAAAUGUUUUAAAACAUUAUAUGAGCUAAAAGUUCAUCAGAGAACACACACAGGAGAGAAGCCUUACGUCUGCUCUGACUGUGGAAAAUGCUUCACAACAUCAACUCAUCUAAAAGUUCAUCAGAGAACACACACAGGAGAGAAGCCUUAUUACUGCUCUGACUGUGGAAAAAGUUUUAAAACAUCAAAUGAGCUAAAAGUUCAUCAGACAACACACACAGGAGAGAAGCCUUAUUACUGCUCUGACUGUGGACAAUGUUUUAAAACAUCAACUCAGCUAAAGGUUCAUCAGAGAACACACACAGGAGAGAAGCCUUUCUUCUGCUCUGACUGUGGGGUGAGUUUCUCUCAUCUGGGCACCUUAAAAACACACCAACGUAUACACACCGGAGAGAAGCCUUACGUCUGCUCUGACUGUGGAAAAUGCUUCAAAACAUCAACUGAGCUAAGAGUUCAUCAGAGAACACACACAGGAGAGAAGCCGUAUUACUGCUCUGACUGUGGAACUAGUUUCUCUAAAUUUUCCCACUUAAAAACACAUGAACGAAUACAUACAGGUGAGAAGCCUUUCUUCUGCUCUGACUGUGGGGCGAGUUUCUGUCAUCUGGGCACCUUAAAAACACACCAACGUAUACACACAGGAGCGAAGCCUUAUUCCUGCUCUGACUGUGGAAAAUGCUUCAAAACAUCAACUGAGCUAAAAGUUCAUCAGAGAACACACACAGGAGCGAAGCCUUAUUACUGCUCUGACUGUGGACAAUGUUUUAAAACAUCAACUCAGCUAAAGGUUCAUAAGAGAACACACAUAGGAAAGAAGCCUUUCUUCUGCCCUGACUGUGGAACUAGUUUCUCUCAACUUUCCCACUUAAAAUCACAUGAACGUAUACAUACAGGGGAGAAGCCUUACUCCUGCUCUGACUGUGGAAAAUGUUUUAAAAAAUCAAAUGAGCUAAAAGUUCAUCAGAGAACACACACAGGAGAGAAGCCUUACGUCUGCUCUGACUGUAAAAAAUGCUUCACAACAUCAACUCAUCUAAAAGUUCAUGAGAGAACACACACAGGAGAGAAGCCUUAUUACUGCUCUGGCUGUGGAAAAUGUUUUAAAACAUCAAAUGAGCUAAAAGUUCAUCAGAGAACACACACAGGAGAGAAGCCUUACGUCUGCUCUGACUGUGUAAAAUGUUUUAAAACAUCAACUCAGCUAAAAGUUCAUCAGAGGACUCACACAGGAGAGAAGCCUUUCUUCUGCUCUGACUGUGGGGCGAGUUUCUCUCAUCUGGGCACCUUAAAAUCACACCAACUUAUACACACAGGAGAGAAGCCUUAUGUCUGCUCUGGCUGUGGAAAAUGCUUCAAAACAUCAACUGAGCUAAGAGUUCAUCAGAGAACACACACAGGAGAGAAGCCGUAUUACUGCUCUGACUGUGGAACUAGUUUCUCUAAAUUGUCCCAAUUAAAAACACAUGAACGAAUACAGGGGAGAAGCCAUACUCCUGCUCUGACUGUGGAAAAUGUUUUAAAACAUCAAAUGAGCUAAAAGUUAAUCAGAGAACACAUACAGGAGAAAAGCCUUACUCCUGUUCUCCUGUUUUGCUCUGAGACCAGGUUGUCCCUCUGCAGUAUUCUGUGGGAAGGAGCUAGUAUACACUUUAUUUUUUUAUUGAACCUUUAUUUAACUAGGCAAGUCGGUUAAGAACAAAUUCUUAUUUACAAUGAUGGCCAAGGAGCAGUGGGGUAACUUCCUUGUUCAGAGGCAGAACGACAGAUUUUUACCUUGUCAGCUCAGGGAUUUGAUCUAGCAACCUUUUGGUUACUGGCCCAACGCUCUAACCACUAGGCUACCUUCCGCCCCUAACAUGUAUCAGAUAUAGAUGGUGUGAUGAUCACUUUUCACCAUUAGUUUGGGGGGAUUAUUUUACAACUUUAUUUAAUGAUACACAGUUUAUGAAAUGAAUACAUGUGUUUAUUAAUUGUCUUUAAAACUAGAUGAGUUAUUUUAGUUACUGAUCAUGAAUGUGUUUGGAUAACUGCAUUGAAGCAAACUUUAUUGAUCUGCCAAUGAAAAAUAAAGUUACAUGAAUAUG